AUGGUGGACAUGGAGAUGGAUGGUGCAUUUGAACCGGUUGCUGUGGAGCUAGAGUCAGGCUUCCUUAUGGUACUUGAUUACAUGAUACAACUUGCACAGAAGGACGCAGAUGAUGAGCGUAAGUCUCUUCUUGAGGUAAUUAAGCAGACAGUGCUAGACCAUCUGACAAAGAAAUGUCCUCCACAUGUCCAGGUUGUUGGACUCCUUUGCCAGACUGAAAAGAAAGAAAGCAGGCAUGAAUUGUUGCGCCGUGUAGCUGCUGGUGGAGGUGUUUUUAAGAACGAUAAAGGUCUUAAGUGCCAAAUUCCUGGGGCAAAUCUUAGUGACAUUGCAAAUCAGGCAGAUGAUCUACUAGAGUCAAUGGAAUCUAGGGACACCAUUCCUGAUCCAAAACUUCUUGCAAGACUAGUUAUAGUAAGAGAAGAAGCUCGGAAUAUGAUGGGAGGUGGCCUGUUAGAUGAGAGAAAUGAUCGUGGUUUGACUACCCUCCCUGAGGCAGAGGUAAACUUUUUGAGCAAGCUCGUUGCUCUUAAACCUGGGAAGGCAUUGGAAAGGAUGAUAAAGGAUGUUAUGAAUGGCAGAGGGGAAGGUGCUGAUAACAUUGAACCAAGUGCUGCUUCGCAUUCUGAACAGGAGAAUCUAACUGGAGUAUUAGGAAGGGGAAGUGUAUCUGGCCACAAGCCACGGCCAGUCUGCCCUGGAAUGUUCCUUGAGACUGUUUCCAAGGUCCUGGGUGGCGUAUAUGCAAGUAACACAUCUGGCAUUACAGCUCAACAUCUGGAAUGGGUGAGCACCUUACUGGUCCAUUCUUUGACUGAUCUCUUGGCUUAUAAUCUACUCUUGUAUGCCAAUCAUGAUGGGCAUGGUUUGACCGUAUUUUCUCAUUUUAGGUUACUUCUGUCAAGUGUUCGUUGUUUCUCAUUCCGAUUGAAGAAUAACAAGGCUGCAGCUUGUUACAAGAACAAGGUGGUGAAGAAUUGGGAUGCAAUCAACACUAUUUAUUCUACAGAUCAUGCCAAUGGUGAUGGUGCCAAGACAGCUGCUGAGAGUGCACAAGAUUCACCUGAAGAAUAUACGAAGACUUCAUUUCGAGAUGCUCUAAAAUCCACCGGGCCAUUACCAUUGCCUCAGGUCACUUCUCCUGCUAAAAUAUUUGCUGCACUUGAACAAAUACCAGAUUUAGCUAGAUGUGACCUUUUGCGGGCUUAUGGGAAGCUGAUCCUUAAUGAGCGUUUAUUCCAAGCGCUUAUGGAAUUGCCUAUGAAAUUCAGGAAAGAAUGGCUCCUUACGUUGAAUUAG